AUGAUAGACCACAUUCUUGGUCGCCCAAACCCCUCAUGGAAGCGCACUCAGGUGUUCCUCGUUGUAUUCUUCUGGCUAUGGCGUAUCAUGCGGGGUAACCCUGGAGGUCCUCGAUUCCUAUGGCUAAGGAGAGCCAACAGAUCCUUACAGCGCUUCACCCCAUGGCAGAUAAUUGUCAGUACCUUGACCGCCGUUUAUGCGCUCCGGAACCUGGAUAAAAUUAUCGGCCUUGGAUCACCUGAACCGCUUGCUCGCUUGUACUCCCCCUCGUAUUACCGAGCCACAUGGAUCACAACAGGACUGGACGCUGGGUUCGCCACUGCUCUGUCUAUUCGUCCAAAGUGGCUCCGAGACACCUGUUCGGUCUUGUUCUCUGUGUACUAUAUUAUCUACGCGAAUGAAGCGGACGAGAAGCUCCGUAGAUUCCGUGCAGUCCCCACUGUCGAAAUGUUAAGAGCUACCUGGGAGAAGACUACGAAUCCACUUAUACGCCUCUUCACCUACCUCCCUAGUAUUCCUAUUCGUAGGAAGAUCUUACUGCCCAGGCCUCAAUCAUCAUCUUACCAGCGUCCGAUCACUGCAUACCUAUUCUUUGCCCUUCCGGAGAAGCGGCUCUGCAAGGCGACGGACCUGAUUCUUGACUUCCCUGGUGGUGGAUUCGUAGCCAUGUCCCCCGAGCAUCACGAAGAGCGCCUUCGUACCUGGGCCAUCAGCACUGGUCGCCCCGUAUUAUCCAUAGACUAUGGCAAAGCUCCCGAAUACCCGUACCCUUUUGCCAUCGACGAGGCAUUCGAUACGUAUCGAGUCUUGGUCGAAUCUGCUGGGGCCGUCCUUGGUAUGUCUGGAAAGAAGUUGAACAUAAUCAUGUCAGGCGAUUCUGCUGGUGCCACAAUCGCUGUCAACGUAGUCAUCAAGAUCAUCGAACGGAAUAACCCACUCAAUGGACCUCCUCCUGCAAUGUUGUUGCCUUUACCACUGUCCCUUGUCAUGAACUAUGCCGCUCUCGACUUCAACUUCACAUCCUGGAUGACGAAAGACAACUUACGAACGCUUCGAUCCGAACAUUCAUCUGGCUAUCUUCCUGGCCUUAGGGAGCUUGCAGCGCAGAAGGAUCACUUACAGCACGUCAGUCCCCUCAGUAUGGUGGGGGAUAAGAAACAUCUGCGAAGGAAGGGGUUACGAAGAAAGCAGAGCUGGAAGGACACGUUAAGGUCGUUAGCUGGGUCUGACAAGGAGAACAACCUGUCCAGCGCGACCGGCAGUGUAGCUUUGAAGCCUCGCAAGUCCACUUCUGCACUCAAAUCACCUGCCACUCGACCUUUGGCGAGGCGACGACAUUCUGCACUGACAAUCGAAGACAGGGGGACACUGGCAGAUGCUGAAAGCGAGGACGACGAGGAAUACUAUCAGCGGCUGCGAGAGGAAGACAGACCCAUUGAGGCCCGCGUCCGGCACCGUCCGUCAAUUGACAUGACAUACAUUACUGACCAGGCUGUUCUGGAGGAGAGACAGAAACAGGUAUCAGCUGACACCACUCCGAUCAAAGGCAGGGUCAAAGAGCCCAUUGGUACCAGGUUGACAAUGACGAGUCGCACCGGUUACUUCCAGGAUAGAAUCAUUUCUCCAAGCAUGAUGCGAGCCAUGGCGAUCCUUUACAUUGGUCCCUACCAUAACCCCGACUUUGCGACGGACUAUCACAUUUCUCCCAUACUGGCGCCUAGCUACAUCCUGGCACAAUUCCCUCCUGUCUUGAUGCAGUGUGGAGAGAAGGAUCCGUUUGUUGAUGAUACCGUCAUCUUCGCCGGCAGGUUGCGCGAGGCCAAACGAGCUCGGAAAGCUGAGCUUGAUUUAGCCAUUUCGGGCAAGAGCGCCCGGUUCGGGGAAUCAUUGAAGAUGAGCACUGCGAGGGAAUCGAUGGAUAGCCAACAAUUAUUGUCGCUGAAACGGGAAAGAGAUAAGCUUUCCAGAGAGACGGACGAUGACUGGGUGGAGUUGGUGAUCUUCUCAGACUGGAGCCACGGCUAUCUUCAGAUGCCGACACUGAUGGGAGAAGCGAAGGCAGUUAUCGAGGAGUUGGCUGAUUGGAUUGAUGAUGCAUUCCGAAGGCAUUCGUCUGGGUAUGGAGAUGCAGCAGAAACCGAGCUCACGGAGGACAGCCGGAUUCUUCCCACUCCUGACUGGGUACAGACGGUCCGAACUGGGAGUACCACCGCAUCGGAGACGGAGGCUGAAGACUCGAUGAUCACGUUUGUGCCGAAGAAGUACCAGAGUCCCCCGGAGGUUCACACGGAAGAUGAUGGGGUUGAAGCAGGGACGACGACUGAGAUUAGUAGUGGUGAUCAUGAAGCCGACGGUGGGAGUGACAUCACGACAGCAGAGACUAUUGGUGCACUGGCGAGUGGUCAUGCUACGGGUGGCAGCAGCAACGUCACGCCGAGCAAGCGACAAGGCGGGCAGACUAUCAGUGAAACGGAACUAAUGAGACGUCGCCGACUCCUGGACGCGCACAUCUUCGAGUCACCCAACAAGAUCAUGGACUUUGAUACCUCGGCACGAUCCUGGAACGGCAACUUUAAUUCCCAGCCUGCCCCUUACCACGACUCCCACCAACACUAUAACCAGGUCCCUGCCGUUCCCUAUUAUACAAACAACUCCUCCGCUCUCAACCACCACCACUACUACCCUCCUCACCAGCCGCCUCCCCACCACCAUACCCAGCGCCCUCUCCACCACCACCAGCCCUCGCUGAGCCACGUCCCCCGCACCCACACCUACUACUCCCAAGACAUGGCCGCCGCCGCCGCCGCCCACGUCCAGCAGCGUCCGUACCAGCCCGCACAGUCCCCCGCCGCCACCCCGUACUCGUAUCUCCCCCACACAUCGCCCCCCUUGCCCCCGCACCACCAGCAAUCGCCCGCGGAACACCACAUAUCCGUCCUUCGCGACAGCCCGCACCCGGAGUACUACCCCAGCGCUGCAGAUCUCUACAAUCGCGUCCAAACAUCCCAGCAAUCGCUCUCCUCGCCUCCGUCACCAGGUGCAGACUCUGCUUCCAGCCAGGGCGGCGCGGGGGCCAACCACUACCCCUCAUCCAGUGGCGUGCCCCGGCUGCCACCGAUCUUGCAGGUGGAGAAGCAGCAGGUCACCACCUCCGCGACCCAGCUGGCCAGUGCCACCAGGCGGAAGAACGAAGCCCACUUCGUCUGUCCAGUCCCAGGCUGCGGAAGCACCUUCACUCGCCGCUUCAACCUCAGAGGUCAUCUACGCUCACACACGGAGGAGAGACCCUAUGUUUGUGAAUGGCCGGGUUGCAAAAAGGGCUUCGCUCGCCAGCACGACUGCAAACGCCAUCAGGCUCUUCACAGUGCCAAAUCGCAAAAUAAUCUAUGCAGGGGCUGCAAAAAGACUUUCAGCCGCUUGGACGCGCUUAACCGGCACUUAAGGUCUGAAGGAGGCGCAGAAUGCAGACAAUACCACCAGCGAACUGCCCCAUCUACCUCUAUACUAGCCGAUGAUCAACGUCCCGCGGAUUCAUGA